UGAUCUUUUAGUUGAUGUCUUCUCGUUUUUAUGCGUAUGGGGCUAUGGGGGUUCUUGAAAUGCUUUGUUUAUCUGGGUAGCCAGGGAAGACUUAUUGCAAAAUUAUCUUGAAAACAAGGAUGAAAGGAUUUCUUAAACAAUUUUGAUGUGAAGUAUUAAAGCUUAUUGGCAUGGCAACAAAUCCGAAAUCACGUCUUGCAUGCAAGAAAGAUACUGUCUCUACAGUUUACACUACACAGCGAGUUAAAGAGCUUGAGGGCCAAGUAGCUGAACUAAAAAAAAGGCUGGACGAUUUACGUAGAGCUAAAAGUCAAACAAUUGUUAAGAAAGACAAAGAGUAUGUGUCAACGGAUGUUCCAAAAUUAGGAGCACGGCAAUCUUCAAGCUCAUGUACAUGCAAAGACAAAAUCAAAGAGGUCGAUGCAUUGAAAGAACAAAUAUAUCAUCUAAAGACAGCUCAUGCAAAAGAAAUGGAAACAUUGAGAAAUAGAGAUAAAACGCAUAGUGACACUGAGUUACUUGAAUUGCGCAAAAAGUGCAGUGAAUUGCAAGAAAAGAAUGAAAGUCAAGAAAAUCAAAAUAAACAACAACUACUACGUAUUGAUGACCUGUACGAACAACUCAGCAAGAAAGAAGCUGAAUGGUGUGAAAAAGAGGAAAAACUAAAAAUUGAGCUUAAAUUGUCAUGGGGAGAAAAAUAUCAGCAAUGGAUGGCUCAGACAGAACAAAAAAUCGAAGAACUUCAAGCUGCAAAUAACUUUUUAAAAACAUUGUUGCAAAGGGAMAGAGCUCGAACUGAUGGAAAUAAUAAUGAUUGAAUAGUGUGUAUUAAAUUGAUAUUUAUUUUUAA